GGGCUGUGCUGGGCUCUUUCCAUCCCCGUCAUUUCUAUCUGACGCUAACGGGGUCACAGCCGACGGCAGAGCUGCCAUGAGGGGUUCCUAAGUGGGAUCGGGUAAAAAUGGGCUGCUGAUGCCAGCCAUGCUUCCGGUGGUGAACUUUGUAACCUGAUUCAUUCAGUAGCUGACCAACACACCGAGACACCUGAGAGUUUUGCAGUCCUUACCUAACAGCAAGCUAAUCCGUAACAGUCUGCUCUCCAUCCACCUACAGGAACACAGCUACAGAUCCACUGGGCCAAAUGGUUCUUCCUCAUUCCACCCUCUUCUCUACCUCUCAGUUCUUCAGUGAGGGCUGAAGUUGCUGAGGACUUUUCUGAUACAGCUGUGCACUUUUCAGCCAGCAGCAAGACCUGCAAUGACUUGCAUCGCAAAGAAGUGUGGCAUUCGCUUUCAGCCUCCAUCUGUGAUCCUGAUCUACAAGGAGGAGGACAAGACUCGCCGGCGCAUCAUGCCUGUCCGAAAUUUCUCCCAGUUCUCAGAUUGUGGCAUCGCUGCUGAGCAGCUGAAGAAUAACCCUCGGCACAAAGCAUACCUGGAAGGAGUCUCACUGCGUCAGCUGAAGAAGCUGCACAGUUUGCUGAGAGGCCACUUGAGGGGAGAGAGUCUGGCUGAGAGCCUGGAAAAGAUUCAGCAGGAAGAGACCAUUGACCCCGAGGAGGACAUGAACAAACUGGACGACGAGGAGCUAGCCAAAAGGAAGAGCAUCAUGGAUGAGCUCUUUGAAAAGAACAGGAAGAAGAAGGACGACCCGGACUUUAUCUAUGAUAUCGAGGUAGAAUUUCCACAGGAUGAGCAGCUGGAGUCCUGUGGCUGGGAUGUGGAGUCAUGUGAAGAAGUCUGAUUCCAGACCAAGACAACCUAGAUGGGCAGAGACAGAUCCCAUAUUCCUAGGAGAGAACAAUGUCAUCCUGCUUCCUCCACUGCAGCUUCUUCUGUUUGUGCAGUUGACGCUCUUUACAUUGGCCACAGAGAAUCUGAGGCUUAAUGUUACAGCAGUUUCAGGUUUGUGUACAUUUUAAGAAGUUAAACUGAGAAAGCUGAAACAGGGCAGCUGAACGUGGUGGCUGUUUUUACUCUUUUUCUAUAUAAGAUGCCCAAAAUACUUUUAAAUGAUUUAUCUUUCAUUUUGUUUACAUCUCAGCCAGCUCUGGCUGAAAACCUCACCAAUGUGUUUUCCUGUGAUUUCAGCUUUGUCUGAAAAUGAAAUGUUAAAUGUUUAUACAUUGGAAGUAUUCCUUUUUAUUGUCUGCCUAUGGCAUUUAUUACUAUUUGUUGGAAUGUUAAAUAUACAUUCAGAUAAAUGAGUGUUUCAAUGAGAAUAUUACUGUCACGUUCCCUCAGUAGAGGUUACAUCUGCAGUUUCAGGUUGCACAGAUUAAAUCCUUCAUUUAAAAGAACUGAAUAUUUAAAAAACAAGUCUGUCUUGAAAGUACUUUGGAGAUGCAGUGAAU